GCCAGUUUGUUGACCAUGGACUGGUCGCAUCUUUUCAUGCCAGACGACAGCUCAGGCAACCAUGGCUCUGGCUCACUCGAUACUGGUAAGUAUCAUAUUGUUCAAUUGCAUGCCUUUAUUGCCAUGCACUUGUCAGCACGCAGAUGGAUCCGUGUGGCCAAGAGCCAUUGCGGAUUUUAUUGCCCCCUUUCUCACGGUUAGACCAAAAAAGACCAAUGCUUCUGCUGUGACAACACAGACCGCCAUAUUUUGCGAGCGUAUCUUAUCUGGGCGAGUGUAGAUCGCAUCUGCACUCUGCACUCUGC